AUGCAGUCGGGCCCGUCAUUUCCUGCAUCACCUUCAUCCGGUUCCCGAAAGCGCUCAAUUCACGAGGUUGAUGAUGCCAAACCCCCCUCGCCAAAUGCGAAGCGACCGUUGACCGAGUUCGCUGGCGAAAACCAAGAAAAUCGCGAUCCGUCUCUCUCCUCCCAACCUGACAACACUACUUCCCCGCCAGUUGAAAUCAAGCGUAAUCUUCCACCUCCCCCCUCGGUCGAAAUCGUGAUGAGACGGACACCACGUAAACAAAAUGAAGCCGUUGCCUGGGGAUUAACAUCCCCAGGCACCAAUGCUGCUUCCAAUCCUGAGCCUGAUACCCCGGCCUCUAAGAAACGCAAGGUAGUCUCUGCUGGCACAGAUCCCAAGCAACAAGAAAAAGAAGCCAAAGAGCGCCAGAAGGCUGAGGAGAGGGCGAAGAAGGAAGAGGAGAAGCUAAAGAAAGAGGAAGAGAAGGCUAGGAGGGAAGAAGAAAAGCGCCUAAAAGCGGAGGAAAAGAAGAAGCGCGAUGCCGAGCGCGAUGAGGAGAAACGACACAGAGAGGAAGAAAAGCGGAAAAAGGAUGCUCAACGUGAAGAGGAGCGUAAGCAGCGUGAUGAAAAGAAAAAGGCAAAGGAGGACGAAAAGGCCGCCAGAGAAGAAGAGAAGCGCAAAAAGGACGAGGAGAAGGAGAAGAAGACCCGAUCACAAAUGAAACUGAACUCCUUCUUCGCCAAACCACCGGUACCUUCCGCUCCAUCAGGACAGGUGAUCACCGCCCCUUCGCCUAAGAAGGCAUCUGCCACAACCGAUUGCUCUCACGAAACUCAUGUCGUGCAAUCAGAGUAUGAGCGAGAGUUUCCUGCUUUCUUUCUGCAAUCUCAUACAGUCGUGGCACCUCCCCAUCGGUUUGAACGUGACUCAGAGGCCCUCAAACACGUACGGGAAACGAUCGAUGCAAGUCUACGCAAUGACGAAGUCCCAGCCCAAACACAUCCGUUCCGUCCAUCGGAACUCUUUCAAAUAAUCCCCUUCCGUCGUGGGCGUCAGCCAACGAGCUCUGUCAAGGACAUACUAUUGCAGUUACAAAGGUCCGAUGAUCCGGCUGAGCCUCAAACCCAGAGCAUAGUACAAUCUUCGAGGCUACAAGAACUUCUUCGCAAGGUUACGAUGAAGUCUCUCAAAUUUGGCGAGGACAUCCGCCCUCCCUAUCAGGGAACUUAUACCCGCCCCGUGUCCGAGUCAUCCACGAGAAGACUUGCGCGAAGUCCCUAUCUCCGGGGGCUGCCGGAUACCGAUUAUGAUUAUGAUUCCGAGGCGGAAUGGGAAGAACCCGAAGAAGGUGAAGAGCUGGACUCUGAAGAAGAAGACGAAGGCAGUGAUGAGGGCGAAGAUGAUCUCGAGGGUUUCCUAGAUGACGAGGACGAUGCUCUUGCCGAAGGCAAACGUCGUCUCAUUGUUGGUGAUCUCGAACCUGUCUCUACUGGAAUUAAGUGGGCUACGAAUGGAGUCGAGCCUGAAAUGGAGGUCUACCAGAUGCGGACUAUAUCCGAUGCGGUCAAGUUCCCCAUCGACCCCUUCUCGACUGCAUACUGGGAGAAACCCAAGCCUAUGGAUCCAGUACCUGCGAAGGCGCGACCCGCGACAGCCAUAGACGGCUUCCUUGUUCCUACAGUUCCUAGAGCAGUGGCGGCAAACAAUACUUUACCUCCCACAUCAAAAGCGAAACGGCCAUUCCCACCAGACCAACUCGCUGAAUUCAAGGAAGCAGUUGAAGGCAGCGAUCUCAGUAAGAUUGGGUUGGUCGAGAUCUUGAAGAAACGAUUCCCCAAGGUAUCCAAGGAUACACUCAAAGCCACCCUUGACCAGGUAGCUGCUCGUGUCGGACAAAAAGAAGUUGACAAGAAAUGGGUUUGUCGGUGA